GACUAGUCUCGCUGCGCGUCCACCGAAUACGAAUGUGACCAGUGGUCCCUGAAGUUUGGCGUCUUAUUGCGGUAAACUUCGUUGUUGGGCGACGGAGACUUCGGCAGCUGGCACCAGCAUCGCAAUCGCGUGCAUGUUUGUUGUUCAUCAUUGAUCAGUAUUCUGAGUGAGUGAAUAAAAAAUGGCGAUGGACUUUCCGGCAUCUUCGGAUGUCAUGAUAAUCGGUGGAAAUUCCCAUCCCGAACUUGCCAACCUAAUUGCAAGUCGCCUGAAUGUAAAAGCUGGGGAUGCAUCUGUCUACCAUAAAACAAACCGAGAGACUAUGGUUGAAAUUGGUGAUUCCGUUCGUGGUAAAGACAUCUACAUUAUCCAGACUGGAACAAAGGAUGUGAACAACAAUAUAAUGGAGCUUCUGAUCAUGGCAUAUGCCUGCAAAACAUCAUCAGCAAGAAGUAUUGUUGGAGUUAUUCCAUACCUACCAUAUAGUAAGCAAUGUAAAAUGCGCAAACGCGGUUGCAUUGUAUCUAAGCUUCUUGCGCAGAUGAUGUGCAAAUCAGGCCUCUCCCACGUAAUAACAAUGGAUUUGCAUCAAAAAGAAAUUCAGGGAUUUUUCAACUGCCCUGUUGAUAACCUGAGAGCUUCUCCAUUUUUGCUGCAGUAUAUUCAAGAGUGUAUCCCUGAUUACCGCAAUGCAGUUAUUGUUGCCCGCAACCCUGGCUCUGCAAAGAAAGCAACUUCUUAUGCUGAACGGCUUCGUCUUGGGAUAGCUGUCAUUCAUGGCGAACAGAAAGAAUCCGAAUCUGAUAUGGUCGAUGGUCGCUAUUCCCCUCCAACUUUACCUCGAUCUCGUACCAUGGAUGUGAGUAAUGGAGUACCUGUGCAUCCAGCAAAAGAAAAGCCACCAAUCAAUGUAGUUGGUGAUGUGGGGGGACGCAUCGCUAUCAUGGUUGAUGACAUGGUAGAUGAUGUAGCUUCUUUUGUAGCUGCUGCUGAAGUUUUGAAAGAACGUGGGGCCUACAAAAUUUAUGUUUUGGCUACUCAUGGACUGCUUUCAUCAGAUGCUCCCCGUCUCAUUGAAGAUUCUCCCAUUGAUGAGGUUGUUGUAACAAAUACCAUUCCUCACGAGCUCCAAAAGAUGCAGUGCCAUAAAAUUAAAACUGUUGACAUCAGUGUAAUGUUGUCUGAAGCAAUCCGUAGAAUUCACAAUAAGGAAUCCAUGUCAUACCUUUUUAAGAAUGUGACCCUCGAGGACUAACUCAAGUAUUGUUUCUGCCAUUUAUGUGUACGUAGAAGAUAGAUUACACAUUAUUCUUAUCUUGGCUUUCACCUGAUAGAAUGAAAGAAAAUAAUCUCUUUUCACCUGUGGUGUGAGUCAUCCAUGUAUUUUUUUUUUGUUUUUGCUAAGUUACCUUGGUUUUGGGUAUUAUUGAACUGUAUUAUCUGCUGAGAAUCAGAAAUCAUACAAGUAUUAAUUAAUGUCUUCUGUUUUUUCAUGUUUGUAGAAACCCCUUUGCUUAAGCUUCUGUCAUUGGUAGUUGAUUUUUUUCUUGUUUCUUUCAUAACUUUACUGUUAUUCAGCUUCAUUCCUUUUAGUUAAGAGGUACUUGGGUUUUCACUUCCAGUCUAAAUUUGUGAGUCACUUGUUUUUUGUUAAGUUUAAAGUCAAUUUUUCUCUCCCAGUCCAUUUUAUGAAAAUCCCAUGCUUGUUUGUUUUCGAAAGUUACCAUGUUGGGUUUACUCUAUUCAAGUGCCCCUAUAUUUUUAUGACAUAUCAAAAUUUGGGACAAGGUCUGGGGGCCAACCCUGUUUCCUCCCAGUGUCUAACAUAACACUCCCCUUCUUCCACAUGUUUUGUGAGAAUUUCUUCGUUUCUUAGUCAGCAAUGUUUUUAGUUCUAAGCCCGAAUGCAGUACAUGUAUUUAGACAUACCAAAAUGUAGACAAAAUAAUUUUGUCAGAUGUAGUUAUGAGCUAGUACUGUGGACUUUUAUUAUUAAUUCAAUAUUUUACCUGUGAUGAUUUUCAUGGAAUCAUUGUAAUUUUAUGAAUGUUAAUUACAUUUGAACAGAAACCUUU